GCGGGGGGACACGCGGGGAGCCGCAGCCACGGCGGGAGGGGCGCAGUGGGGGCGGACGGGGAGCCGGACCUGCCCUUCGGCGCCCACAGCCUCGCGGCCCUCGGAAUCCACAGCUGGGGAGGGGACCGCUCAGACCCCGCCCCUCAGCCCCCAGCCUUCCUCUCGCACCCCUCCCCCGCAUGCGCCCAGCUCCUCUCUGACCGCUCUGCACCCCGCGACUGAGCCCCCGGGAGUCCCCGGGUUUCGCCCUCCUGCCCGGCCGCGCUCCUUGUUGGUCCCACAGGCUCCUUCAGAAAGGGAGCUGGAGUCUGUGCCUGGCCAGGGGGAGUGGCGGGGCGGGGGGCACACAACUAGGAGGAGCCGGAGGGCAGCACUGGGGAUCUGACUAGCACAGACAUGCCAGUGUUCCCUGCAGACUCUGGAUUGCACGAAACCCUGGCCCUGCUGACUUCUCAGCUCAGACCUGACUCUAACCACAAGGAAGAGAUGGGCUUUCUGAGGGAUGUGUUCAGUGAGAAAAGCCUCAGUUACUUAAUGAAGAUUCAUGAGAAGCUCCGCUAUUAUGAAAGGCAGAGUCCCACCCCGGUUCUGCACAGUGCCAUGGCUCUUGCAGAGGAUGUGAUGGAGGAGCUGCAGGCCGCCUCUGUUCGAAGUGAUGAGAGGGAGCUGCUCCAGCUGCUGUCCACCCCCCACCUCAGGGCCAUGCUUAUGGUACAUGACACGGUAGCCCAGAAGAAUUUUGAUCCAGUCCUCCCCCCUCUGCCAGAUAAUCUUGAUGAAGAUUUUGAGGAAGAAUCAGUAAAGAUAGUUCGUCUGGUGAAGAACAAGGAACCCCUGGGAGCCACCAUUCGGCGGGAUGAGCACUCAGGGGCAGUUGUGGUGGCCCGGAUCAUGCGUGGGGGAGCUGCGGACCGGAGUGGACUGGUCCACGUUGGAGAUGAACUCCGAGAAGUGAAUGGGAUCACUGUCCUUCACAAGCGGCCCGAUGAGAUUAGCCAGAUUCUGGCCUCCUCCCCCAACAUCACACUGUCAACUGAUGGUUGGGAUACAGGGGACAGAAACAGGAUGGGAUCUGAAGAGAGGGGGCCUGUACCUCAUUGUAGGGGACUCUCAGUACAGGCACAGUCUCAGGGAUCCAUCACCCUGAAAAUCAUCCCAGCCACGCAGGAGGAGGAUCAUUUAAAGGAGAGCAAGGUGUUCAUGCGGGCCCUCUUCCACUACAACCCUCGUGAGGACAGGGCCAUCCCCUGCCAGGAAGCUGGCCUGCCUUUCCAACGUAGGCAGGUCCUGGAGGUGGUGAGCCAAGAUGACCCCACAUGGUGGCAGGCCAAGCGAGUGGGGGACACCAACCUGAGAGCAGGCCUGAUCCCCUCCAAGCAGUUCCAGGAAAGGCGACUGAUCUAUCGAAGAGCCACAGGCACCUUGCUGAGCCCCCAGAGCCUCAAGAAGCCCCUCUAUGAUCAGCCUUGUGACAAAGAGACCUGUGACUGUGAGGGAUACUUCAGAGGGCACUAUGUGGCUGGUCUUCGAAGGAGUUUCCGGCUGGGUAGGAGGGAGAGACCGGGCAUCCCUCAGGAAGGAAAGAUGCCUACAGGGGCAGAAUCUCCAGAGCUGCUGACCUACGAGGAAGUUACCAGGUACCAGCAUCAGCCUGGCGAUCGGCCACGCCUGGUGGUUCUGAUUGGAUCUCUGGGAGCUCGACUACAUGAGCUGAAGCAGAAAGUGGUGGCAGAGGACCCUCAACACUUUGGUGUUGCUGUUCCACAUACCACCAGGCCCCGAAAGAGCCAUGAGAAAGAGGGGGUAGAAUAUCACUUUGUCUCUAAGCAAGCCUUUGAGGCCGAUUUACAUCACAACAAGUUCCUGGAGCAUGGUGAACAUAAGGAAAAUCUGUAUGGAACCAGCCUGCAGGCCAUUCGGGCUGAGAUGGCCAAAAACAAAGUUUGUUUGGUGGAUGUUGAACCCGAUGCACUGAAACAGCUGAGAACCUCAGAGUUCAAACCCUAUAUUAUAUUUGUAAAGCCUGCAAUUCAGGACAUAAGGAAGACACCACCCAUGUCCCCAGCUUGUGGGGACACAGCAAUGCCACUUGAUGAGGAGCAGCAGGAAAUGGCCAUCUCUGCCACCUUCAUAGACGAGUGCUAUGGGCACCUGGUGGACGCCGUGCUGGUGAAGGAGGACCUCCAGGGUGCACACAGCCAGCUCAGAGUGCUCUUAGACAAGCUGAACAAGGACACUCACUGGGUACCUGUUAGCUGGGUCAGGUGACUCUCCCAGACAGUUUGGCUUGGAGGGGGCCCAGACCACCACUUAGUCCAGUCUCCAUCCACUAUGUUAUCAUCAAGGGUUGUCAAGUACAGGGAGAGGCAGAAUUUUCCAUCAUCAUCAAGAAGAGUAUAUAAGUGAGAAGUCUUUGUUUAUUGUAGAUUUUUGUCUGUUGCUUUACACUUGUGCCUUUCAACGUGAGUUGAAAGUGAGCUUGUCACAAAGUAACACAUUUUAUUCAUUAAAAGUAUUAGAGGCAAGGUGAUCCUGAUUCUUUGUACCAAAGUGAAGUAGCCACUAUCUUUUGAGAGUGGUAGUGGUGGUGGUGAAUUUAUGUAGCAUUGAUUUGCACACUUUAUCCAGUUCUGUUGGGGGUAGAUUUGUGUUACCCAAAGGGAUUUUGCAUGUAACUGAAGUGCCCAUCUUGAUAACUGAUUAUUUAUUUAUUCCCUU